CGUAUCAGUAAAACAACUUUGGUCCACAACUCUGGGAUGUAUUGUUAUGAGAAGACUGAACAAUACGGCCUGGUACGACGGCGUCAGACAGCCCAGGGCGCACUGCAUAGAACAGUGUAAGGACUCAGGAUCCCACGUUAAACUGUACAAUACCGCACUUCAGUACAGCACCACCACUUACCAGGAGGGCUGUUACUGCUGUAUGGGGAGAGUGGUGAAGGAAGCUGCACCCGUCCACACCUACCGUACAACACAGGGAAAUAUGAAUUGCUGCUUCAGAGGCACAAAGGAGAAGUCAAUUCAUAAGAAAAACAGGGAUGAUGAGGCUGAAAUAAGGGUCAUACGAUACUCAAGCCAAAACGAAUCUGUCAUCUCAUCUAUCACACAGAUCAACCGGACUCACCCCGAGGAAGGCAACAAUCUCCUGCCAUCACCAAAACAUGACGGAGAGGAGAAACAGUCGCUAAGUCAUGGAGGGAAUAAUAAUGCGUCCUCACCACAUGACACAGAGGUCCCAGAGAAAACAGACAGUCGUAGUACUAUACUAGACUGUGACACAGAGGUACCAGAGAAGACAGACAGUCGUAGUACUAUACUAGACUGUGACACAGAGGUCCCAGAGAAGACAGACAGUCGUAGUACUGCACUAGACUGUGACACAGAAGUACCAGAGAAGACAGACAGUCGUAAUACUACACUAGACUGUGACACAGAGGUCCCAGAGAAGACAGACAGUCGUAGUACUGCACUAGACUGUGACACAGAGGUCCCAGAGAAGACAGACAGUCGUAGUACUAUACUAGACUGUGACACAGAGGUACCAGAGAAGACAGACAGUCGUAGUACUGCACUAGACUGUGACACAGAAGUACCAGAGAAGACAGACAGUCGUAAUACUACACUAGACUGUGACACAGAGGUACCAGAGAAGACAGACAACCUCAGUGCUUCAAACGAUGAAAGGAAGACACCAGGAAGGGAAGAGAGGUAUAAUGUCUGUGAGGAAAGGAAUAGUUUUAAUGAAGAUGGAGAUCUGUCACCAGGAAGGGGGAGGGACCACAAUGGCUCAACAAGGUCCUGGGAGCUUCCUCAAGUACACGGAGAGAGAAGCACCAAACAAGAGAAAUCUUCACCUAGUCAUCCCAUUCGUAAUAAGACCAGAAUUCCUGUGUCCCCUUACCCAAAGAGGCCUCCCACUCAUGGCUCGGCUAGAACCUACCAGCGGACCAGCCCACCACCACCAUACUCCCAGGUGGACAAAGUGGGUUUACCUAACCUGGGAAACACCUGCUACAUGAACGCCGUCAUCCAGUGUCUCUACCACACUCAGGAGCUCACUCAGUACUUCACCUCCCAGUAUAACGAACGUCACUUAAAUAGCAUCAGUGUGACUGGUGGGGAAGUGGCUCGUGCAUAUGCCAAUGUUGUCUCGGCUUUGAACAGCGGCCAGAAGAGGAAGACUGCCCUCAAAGAACUAAAGAAUGUGUGUGGUAUCUACGACAGCCAGUUCAAGGGGAAUGACCAGAAGGAAGCACACGACCUACUAGGCUGCCUCUUGUACUGGCUUGACCAAGACCUGACUACGGAUGAGCUCGACUGUUCAUGUAACAAGCAAGGCUCCUCAAUCAAACACAUGAUGAAUUCUAACGCUAGCAAGAAGCAAGAGGCCUUGAAUAACAAAGCCCUUCCCGAGAAACAAUGCCAGAGGGAUAAAAUCUGCGAAAACUGUGGCGUUGAAUUCGAAAAUGGAUCCGUAAUCUCAAGGUUGUUUGGGGGAAUCAGCCAGUCAACCAUAACCUGUCCCGAAUCACAAAAUAUUGUGUGUCAGGUACAUGAGCGAUUCACGAAUGUGUCGCUGGCUGUUACCCAGCCCGGCAACACACACCUUCAGGACUUGCUGAGGCACCACUACCGACCUCAGAGUAUUAUGUGGCACUGUCAGUAUUGCCAGAAGGAGCAUAUGUGCACCCAGCAGACUCGUGUCCUCUCUCAGCCUCAGGUGCUGGUAAUACAUCUCAGCAGGUAUAACAGAGUUCGCUAUAACGCCAAGUUGUGUGGAGUAGACUACCCCACCACUAGCCUCACUCUAGACGAACAUCUGGUGCACCAACGCUCCUCCAGAGAUGAUCGUAGGUGCUACCGGCUGUACGGUGUGUGUCUCCACACAGGCUCUCAAACCAGUGGCCACUACACCGCCUCCUGCAGGAUACAACAACGUUAUGGUGACCACGAUGACAAGCAGGCAUGGCAAAUAUUCAACGAUGAAAUAGUGAGACCUACAGAGAAUUACAAGUGGCCUCAGACAGCACACAUUCUCUUCUUCCACAGUGAUAACCUACGCAAGUAUGGAAAAUGGCCAGAAAACGUUGAUGAUGAGUGAUCAGUUCUUGGUCACACUGUUUUGUCACCCUGAGUUGUGAAAUUAGAUGUAGCAAUGACUGUGGCAUUAACUUUGGUGUUGACAGUUCUGUUGUGAUGAUUGGGUCGUCACAAAUAACUUAGAUAUUUUUCUUAAGGUGUGUACAGUAUUUAUAGAUACUGCGACCUGUGGUGUAAUGGUCAGCAUGCUCUCCUAACAAGCGAGUGGACCCGGGUUCGAUCUCCGAGUAGGGUGAAACUAUGGGAAAGUUUCUUUACACCAUUUGCCUCUGUCUGCUCAGCAGUAAUAGGGGACCUACUGAAUGUUAACCGAUUUGCGGAUCGUGUUCCUGGGUAAUUGUUAGCCAGUACAGUUAGAGAGUUGUCCGGUGUUCUUGGACUGUUCCUUGACACUGGGUCAUGCAACUCAUAAACUCAGGGUGUGGUUGUUGUGUUGGCGACAGUUUCUACACCUUAAACAAAUCCACGCCAUGGUGACCCAAGGGCCAACCACCCUCGAUCUCGAGGGGCAACAAUUAUUAUUCAAGAUAUUUCCAUUUUGGUGUCUGUAAAUAGUUCCUGUUAGUAACUGUGGUAACUCAGAAAUUUCGAUGUGUGAAUGUGUUUAUGUAAACAACAAUUUUAUUUCAUCUUCUAGUUUUCUUGUGUUUGAUAAAGUGGACAGAGUGAGGGGUACUGGUUCACGUCCUGGGGGAGUUUCUUUGUGUCAGUCGUGUUUAUUUAUUGAGAACCUUGUUGUAUAUUGGCUGGCAGAUUCUUCUGGGAUAUCGGGUUAACUAAGCCACCACGAGCUGGGGCUACACGUCAACACGGCCUGGUCCACCUCAGAGUUCCUCGGGGUCACUGCCUCAACAACAUCAUUAGUAGACUAACAAUAAUAAAUAUAAAAGAGAGUAAAAUAGAAAUAUGUGAAGGUCAGACUAAUAACACACUCAAUAGUUUACUGCACACUUACACACAAACUUAUUCAUUUGUCUUCCACGUAUAUAUGAAUAAAUAUUUAUGAUUAUA